AUGGCUUCGAGAUCCAGACGUAUCGAGCCGCGCUCGGGCAUUGCCUAUUCUGACGAUACCGUGCUAGCAUUACUAGAAGAAUCUGAUGUCAUUUUAGCAGCGACGAUGAUACCCAAGAUCCCACAUAUAAUGAACCCACGGAAAUCGCUACACAAGAGCGUCGAAGGUAUGGUUCUAGUGAUUCUUCUUAAAGUAUAUUUUGCGUUGUAA